AGCUCUUUCGGAAGCAAAGUCGGGCUUAACCAGGGGGUGCACAUCAAAAACCGAAAAUAAAAGUUACUGUCCGACCAGACGCUGUUUUCCCAAAGUCAUGUCAGGAUUUCUGGACGGGAUCCGGUGCGGAGACUGCGAGUGCAAUGUGGACUGGGGUGAAAGAAGAAACACCAUCGCAUCUAUAGCUGCAGGAGUCCUGUUCUUCACCGGUUGGUGGAUUAUCAUCGAUGCAGCAGUGAAAUACCCUGAUGAGGGACAGUUUCAUCAUGCUUAUCACACUUGUGGAGUCAUUGCUACAGUGGCCUUUCUCAUGAUAAAUGCUGUGUCAAAUGGCCAAGUGAGAGGAGACAGCUACAGUGAAGGCUGCAUGGGACAGACCGGCGCCCGUGUGUGGCUCUUCAUUGGCUUCAUGCUGGCCUUUGGCUCCCUCAUCGCCUCCAUGUGGAUUCUGUUUGGAGGAUUUGUAGUGCCUCAGAAGCCUGUUGUGUACCCUGGUAUUGCCAUUUUCUUCCAAAAUGCUUUCAUCUUCUUUGGGGGCCUGGUCUUCAAGUUUGGACGCACAGAGGAUCUGUGGCAGUAAUGGACUCGUGUGUGUCUGUUUGUCCACUGUUAUACACUCUGCUUUCUAUAUUGUAUGAGACAAUAUGCUUUAGUGGUUAUCCACUUUAUAUAGAGACUUUUUUUUAGCUUUCAGAUUAACAUGUUUAAUUUAUGUUGUUUGCUGUAUAAAAAGGCUAAAUCAUACCUAAGCACAACUUUUCAUAGAUUCUUAAAAAGUUGGAAUACUUUCAAAUGCGACACCUCUUUAAACGUGUCUAUUUGCACUCAGACUGCAUAGCCAUGUUGUUACAAUGGUUUACAACUUGUGUAUGACAAAAUGUGUAUUUUGGGAGCUUUACUUCCCUGAACUGUCCACAUGUCCUUUGGGUAUACUGACUUCUAUGACAUCCUUCAAUCUGUUGAGUGGAAAUACCAAAUUAUGAUGGUACAAAAUAUAAUUGAGAGAAAAAUGUAUUUCAUAAUACUGUACACAUCCAUAUUUACUGAAUGUAAUCAUGUGGGAUUGUUUGUAUUCCUCUGAAAUAACACUGUCAGUUCUAAAACUUUGCAGUGACCCAGAUUUAUUGAUAAAGGGGAAUUAGGUUACACUGCUGACAUGACGUCAACAAAGGUUUCACAGCUGCAGGGUUUUAUUUACGUACUAGAGACGUGUUUGACUGCAACACAUCCAUUUGCUCAUGUAACAUCCGUGGCAGCAUUAAAACAGAAACAUACUGA